ACGCAUUAUCCAGGUCACUUUCACAGACCUGUCUGCAUUAGUCGGGUCGACAAGGAUGGAUUGAUACCCAGGUGUUGUUUUGAUCCAGAAUCCCCAUCAUGAUUAACCAAUAAAGAAGAAAUACCGAAAUUCGUCAAAAGUUACGGAAACCGCACACGUAUUUAAAAUACAAACAUGUCAACAAUGGGCGGUUGACGAUGGUCCGCUGUACGUUGUGAUAAUCAGGACCGCCUAUAACGCCAUUGCGCCAUGCUGGAUCACCGAGGCUGUGCAGUGUGUAUUAUGGACUUUUCGUUUUUAUGUACGCUCACUUAAGGACGAUCUCCAAAUGGAUACCGUGGAUUAUACUGGCGCAAAUGUACGGCUAAUGAAGGGAAUACAGCAUUUGCCAAAUUGGCAGCUGAUCAUACCACUGUUGCUGCUUACCUCAUACACAGCGUGCGACAUUAGCACUCCUUCGUCAGUUCCAGACUCCAGCGACCAAAAUAUGACAGUGGCCACAUGCAUAGGCGGAACAGCUUCCUUUACCUGGAGCUAUGAGGUCCAGCCAUUCUUGGCAAUCGAAUGGUUUUUUGGGGAUAAACCUAUUGCAGACACAACUGUUAAAUCGUUUUCAAAGACUGUCUGCCUGGUCCACGUGUGAAUCACGUGGCAGAUGCUUCCUUCCCCAGGAUUCAUGACGUGGAGUUGUGUUGAAUAAAUCAUGUCCAAACAGUCUCAUAUUCACUGACAUAUCAUAUAUAAAUUAUGGAUAAGAUGUGCUUGUCAUACAACUGUUUCUAACAUAGUUUAUUAUGUGCUUCAGUGUUCAAGUGAGUUUUCCGAAAUUGAGUAAAGGGAUAUUUUCAUUGCAGUGAACAUAACACUUGAUAUUUCACUGCUGUGAUCGUAACACUUUGACGGAACUAUUGUCAUACAAGAGUGACCUUCCCUAACAUUGUCUUCCUUUAUCGUAUAUUCUGACCCCUACACAAACUGUUGACUUCCUUUUUAUGUUAGUUCCACAUUUACGAGGCAAAAUAAUGACAGAUGGCCAUUUAUGGAGUUAAUAUAACUUCUUGCCAUUUGUUAUUCCCUUGAAAAUGUUUCGUUAUAAACUGUAAAUUUCUCAUUUAACUCGUCAAUCGAGUCUGUACUUUUCGCACAGCGCCAGUUUUGUUACUUGACCAGCGUGUAUUCUUUCGCUUGCAACAGCGGCCUCGUAGUUUUCAAGAAUGUUUUUUGUUAUUGUUGAUUUUCUAUAUAAUAAUAAUAUCUGUAUGCAUGAUACAGAAAUUUCGUGACCCUACUCUUUUAGUCUCAAAUACAAGAGCUGGUUAACUGUCCCCGUGUCUUAGGCAGGGAGAAUUUACGUUUCAAGGUUUUACAUUUGUAAUGAAAUAAUUAAAUUUACCAGUAGACAGCUACACAAAAAAGUAUAUAAUAAAUAGGAUAUUCUGCAUGUCUCAUGUAAUAUCACGUCUCUCUCAUAUCGUGGCGGGCAAAAGGAAAUAUUUCACUCGACACAUGAAAUUUCCUCAAUGUACAUGUUUCCUUACUUUCACAACCAUGCAUCUUAUCAAAGAAGCCCUGUCGACUGAACCCACACCACCCGGUUUCUACACGCUUGCAAGGCUCGUCUGUGUUGGAGAAGGAAAUCAAUUACAGCAUCAAUGAAUAAUGAACCGGGAAGUAUUUCACUUUCAGCAGUAGAAUAUCAACCAGGUUGGCUGUUUGAGGUAGUUUCGCGUGUGUAAAGUCAAACGAGGGGGACAGAUGACAUAUUUCCUGUUGGACAGGUCAGUGCGGGCCGACACAAGGAAGAAGAUGUGACCUUCAUGACCUGCCUGCUCUGAAAUGUUGUGGCAGUUUUACAAAAGCAGUAGUAAUGCAUAUUAACAUAAUGAUUAAGUAUGUUUAUACAUUAUGUUCAUGAAUGUCCUGAAUGAAGGAAAUUAUGAAAUAUAAAGCUCUUUUUUGUUAAAAUAUUUGGUUUCUUCAACAAGGGCGUAGUCGACAUGUGCGACAUUUGUUGGGUUUACUUGGGUGUUGACCGCCGUCAUAUAGCUGGAAUAUUGCUGAGUGCGGCGUAAAACAACAAUCCAUCCAACCAACUUGAGUGUUCUUAAGCAGAGAAAGAUGUCACGUUUGUUUGUGUGUUUGUUUGUUUGU